CGUAGGGGUGUGCAAAAACUGGGUACACAUCAUUCAACGUUGUUGUUGUCAUCAGUGCAAGAACUGGGUACACAUCAUUCCACGUUGUUGUUGUCAUCAGUGCAAGAACUGGGGUACAAGUCAUUCACGUUUUUUUUUUUGGCUACAGUGUUGGGAGUGUGUUUUUCAAAUCAUUCAGGUAAAUCAACUUUCUUUUUCUUUUUAAAUCGUUGUCUUGCAAUACAACUAUUCUCUCUAGUGAUUUAAAUAGGUAUCACGUUCCUUAGAUGCAGCAAUGCUAUUAUGAGCUUUCGUCUUAUUGUUUAAUAAUUUAUUUUACAUUAAUAUUGUUGUCAGUUAUGUAUUCUGUGUUAUACAUAUUUGUCCCUUUGUUUAAGUAAAUUAAUUUAAAAUGAGAUAAAAUGCCUGAAGGACAUAGUAAGUUAUAAUAACCUAUGAUAUUGGCAACAGCAAUGGCACAUUUUACAUUGUCACCGUUUACGGUGUCUUAGUAAGCGAGCACUGAUUGACCCCCUUCAAGUAUAUGGUGUUUGCCAGCACUAAAAGACCCCCUUCAAGUAUAUGGUGUUUGCCAGCACUGAUUGACCCCCUUCAAGUAUAUGGUGUUUUUGCAUUUUUAAAAUAGAUUUUCCCCAUCAAAAAGUUCUACGGCCUUUCUGCCUCAAGUUUAUUGACACAAAUCGAACGAGAUCAGUUCCAACGGUACAGCAACAAAACAUUUGUAGGAGUUCGAUAAAGAAGUCUCUUGUUGAGUUCGCGCCAUGUCUACAAUCGCCGCGUUAAGGCCCGGGUAUAAGUUAACCCCACCCACCAAGAAACCUCCGGAUAGUGUCCACAUCGAAAUACUGAUCGGCAAUGUCAACGAAAUGUUUAGCACCACCGUCUCAAAGCAACCGCAUCCCCAGCGGGAUAAGUGCGCCAAACCGAAGAAGAAAGAACGAGCUCAGACCGCAAAGACAUCGUCUCCAUCGGCGUUGAAAGAGUUAAUGAGUGGCGUUGACAGACUCAAACUGGUGUCUACAGAAAUAGCCAAUCUGAAAUCAGUCGAACAGCUCACGUGGACGGUGUCGCAAAUAUCGCUGGAAUCACAAUCCUCAGCAGAAAGCUGUUCAGGAACGAAGUCCAACCCAGAGGCAACAUCAACGUCCAGCCCGCCAUCGCCAUCCCUAACUGAUGACGCCAGCUCCGCGCAGAUACCUCAGCCGGUUUUGAAAAAGAUCGAGGAGGCCAUACUCCAGUGUCUGCCACAACUUCCGGCGUGUUUGGAAUUUUCAGCAUGGCUGAAGAAGGCCCAGCCGACGGGCGAGAUGCAGUCUCUGGAGAACCUCAUCAGGAUUUCUCCCCCUGACGCCACGGGUGAGGAGGCCACUCGAUACGCCCAAUGUGACGUCCAGGGCCACAUGCAGAAAGAUGGACAGAUGAACAUGUAAGUAUGCAAGUAUGUAAGUAUUUAAAUGGUGUGGACGUAGGGAAGAGUGGGGUCGUUGGACUCAUUAUCUAAAACAAGUGGAUAGGAUUGUAGAAUUGUAGGAUUGUAGACAGGGCCGGCGCUAGACAUUUUUAGGCUGGCUGAAAAUAGGCAAUUGUUGCCCUCUGGAAAAUUAGGGGAAGUGUACAGAAUUUUAUUUUUUUAUUUUUAUUUUUUUUUUUGGGGGGGGGGGGAUUUUAACAAAUUUUGCACCAGUGUGAUGAUCUCGCAUCGUACCCGCCUUGAGCCAGCCCUGUUCGUAGAAUUGUGGGAUUGUAGAAUUUUGGGAUUGUAGAAUUGUGGGAUUGUAGAAUUGUGUGUUUGUAGAAUUGUUUGUUUGUAGAAUUGUGGGUUUGUAGAAUUGUGGGUUUGUAUAAUUGUGUGAUUGUAGAAUUGUGUGAUUCAUUACAAAAACAAAUAUUUUAACGCGUACUUAAUGAGAAUUUGUGAAAAGUUACGACUAUGGUUGGAUUAUAAAGUUGUACAGUAAGAGGCAGUUCGGAUACUCCUGCGCGCCUGACAGGAAAUGGUGCCUUCAUGUACACGUGAUAUAUAUGAUAGCAUUUGAACUGCACCACAAGAACAACACCUCCAGAAUUGGCCAAUUGCUGACUAUGGUGUCUGUUGAUUUGAAUGUAAGCUAAUCGAUCAUUUUAACCACAUUUUACAGUCACACCCCCCCUCCCCGAUUAUGUUUAUGUUUCCUUUGUAUUUCUUUAAAAGUCUUUAGUAUUGCUAUGUCCACGGUAUUCGCCCCCCCCCCCCAAACCCCCGCAGUUUCCACAUCUAUGUUAUGCGUUGCUAUUACUGAAUGAACAUAUCGACUGGUGUGAACUGACUGUCGUUCUGGCUCUGAUCACAGCUCCGUGACCAUCAACUUCUACACACACCAGCACGUGAAGUGCAAGGAUCUGUACGUGAGGAAAUCCAUGGGUGUCGCCGUCAACAACAGCAGCCUCAUCAUAAACGGAGUUGAGGCAGAUUCCUGCAUCUCUGAUGAUGAUGAGGAGGACAGCGCUUGAACACAGCAUCCGUUAAUUGUUACUGCAUUUUCUUGUAAAGUAAACGAUUUGUAUUAUGCUUUAUUUUAAUGUGAAUACUUCAUUUUCGCACGUAAAUAAUGUAUAUUGAUUGUAAGAGAUUUCGCUAUAUACAACUGUUAAAAGAUGGACACAUGAUUGAAAGGUAGGACUUACAUAUAUAUGUUUUUAAGACAUAUAGCUAAUACUUUUUUAAAAAAAAACAUUAUUCAUCACAUGCAAGGUGACAUUUUGUCAUCCGUCCAAAAGUGGGUCAAUUUGCUUAAGACGUUGUUUGAAUUAGAAAUUUAGUGGUAAAAAGACUAGUUCUUCGUUUAUAAAUGUAAUAUAUAUCUAUUUAGGCAUUGCAUUUGGUAUCAACGUAUGGUAUCUAAAUGUGCUUGAAAUGUUGUAUGUAUAUAUAUAGAUAUAUAUAUAUAGAUAGAUAUAGAUAGAUAGAUGUUUCCCACACUAUUUUGGAAGAGCUUAGACCACUAAUUUCUACCUCAGAUUGCCCUGUACUUAGUUAAGGAUGCAGUGUCUCCAUUACAAAAAUAGACUUCCUCUUGGUCUCCUACUCAAUCACUACAGCAUUGCCAGCAUACGUACAUGAUUGCAUGCUGCAGGUUAGGGGCAACAGUGUAAUUGUCCAAAGACAUUUCACUAACUUACUGUUGUUUGGGGCAACAGUGUAAUUGUCCAAAGACAUUUCACUAACUUACUGUUGUUAGGGGCAACAGUGUAAUUGUCCAAAGACAUUUCACUAACUUACUGUUGUUAGGGGCAACAGUGUAAUUGUCCAAAGAAAUUUCACUAACUUACUGUUGUUUGGGGCAACAGUGUAAUUGUCCAAAGACAUUUCACUAACUUACUGUUGUUAGGGGCAACAGUGUAAUUGUCCAAAGACAUUUCACUAACUAACUUACUGUUGUUAGGGGCAACAGUGUAAUUGUCCAAAGACAUUUCACUAACUUACUGUUGUCUUAGCCAUCCGCUAGUUGGGUGACAGCGGCCGGACAAAAAAAAUCCGGAAUGUAAACAAUUUUUUUAAAAUUUAAAUUUUUAUUUUUUUAACAGUUUAUUAUCUUGUUAGUGAAGAUAAUACACCACAUUAAAAUGGCAUUUUAUUGCACACAUAUCAAAUCGGCGCCAUAUUUCGACUGGUAUUUGCGUCGGCAAACUCUGCGCGCAAAUGGGCAAUCACACAAAAGGAAGUCAAUGAUAAAUAACAGAUCCACACAGUUGUGUACACUACGCACAGACUUAUUAUGUCAUGGUACGUGACAUGUGUGUGUGUCCUAGGUCGAAUGAAAGUAACUACAAAUCUCUACCUGGGCUGGCGAUAGAUUAAAAAAUAUCUAAAUAUAAAUAGUGGGUGCAGCUAGAAGAAUUAUAAAUAGUGCCUUUGGUGGGGUUGGGAAAAUUUAAUGCACAAUAUUUAGAUCUAGU